AUGCACAAACCAUCGUUGGCACAAAUUGUGCACAGCGCAACCUUCCCACGCCCUCGAACCAGCGACCCGGCGACGUUCUCCGCUCACAUCACUCGCAACCUAGUGCCCGAAGUCCGUAUCGAAACCUCCACCUUCUAUGGAUCGCUAGACAAAGUCGAGGCUCAAUACCCGGGCCUAGACUAUUCGUACGGACCCCAUCGCAUGCGCCUCAGUCGGUUUCCGUGGCAUCGUCGAUUGUUCAGAGUCUUUGACGAGCUGGGAUUGACGGAGGCGGAGAUCUCCUCCCUGUGUCGCUGGGAGGGCACCAAGUCGGCCCGCGAGCGCUACGAGAAGGAAGAAGGCGUCAAGGUGGAAGACACUACUGCCGACGGCGUCAGACCCGCCUCGCCCGCUCCGCUACCUUCGAUCGAAAUCCACUACGAGGAUGGGCCCGAGCCGAUCCGGGAACCGGAAGAACCCAAGGAGGAGGUCUACGAAGAUGUUGUGCGUCCCGCUGCCGUCGCCGCGACCGAUCGCGACGUCGAAUGCGAAAUUCGGGCCCUGAAGGUCGAGGAGGAAUCGAGCGACGAAGAGAUGGAGAGCUGCGGGGUGGAACUGAACCAUCGUCUCCUGGCGGCGAGUGCUGCUCGCGAGCAGGGCGCCAAUGUUCCCCUCGACGAGGACUGGGAGCAAUGGUUCAAAGAAGCCGGCGAACGCGGAAGCUACCCAGACGUGCUCAGCGCGAUUCGAACAGGUCAGCCGUUGAAUAUCUUGUACGACAUGCCUUCCUCCGUGCCCCAUCUGGGUAGGACGAGCAUUCGACAAGCGACGUCGCUGUCCAUUCUCCCAGCCCCGUCGAAUGUGCGCAGUGCGAGGAAUGCCAUUCGACGGGCUCAUUCGCCAUCGGGGGCUACCCGUUAA